AUGAAUUUUCUCAUGAGGCCAGUGAGGUGCUCUCACUCAUCACGAGCCUCAAGCCAGCUCAUCUACUUACGGACCCCUACAAAAUGCACGCGACACUUGUCGUCCACCCCUCGGCCGAGGAGGCACACGAGCUUUCCCCAUCACGAUGACCAGGUGCCUCGACUCGCAAAACAGCCUCUUCACCAGCUGAGCCUGGCAGACCUCGUUAAGCACGGCCGGCCACCUCUGUCGGCAGAGGCCCUCCUCUCUUCUGCCCGUUUCACGCUGUCGCUGCUCCCAAUUCGUCUCGCACACCGCAUACAGGCCCUGCGCAACCUGCCCUACAUUGUGGUGUCCAACAGCCACAUCACCAAGAUUUACAACAAUUACGAGCACUCGCUCUCCACCCUGCUUCCAUGGCUCGAGGACUCCCCCAACAGCAAACACACCCUCUCCACGCUCGAGGAUGAGAUCCGCUUCACCGAGGUCCUCGCCGAGCUGGUCCAGACCCACACCGACACCAUCCCGAUCCUCGCCCAGGGUUUCCUCGAGUGCAGGCGGUACAUAAGCCCGGCCGAGGUCACGCGCUUCCUGGACGAGCACCUGCGCGCGCGCAUCGGCACGAGGCUGAUCGCCGAGCAGCACAUCGCGCUGCACUUCUCGUCAAAGCCGCACUUCGACCCCGGCGCCUCGCCCACGCCGUGCACCGACCACCCGUCCUUCAUCGGCGUCAUCGACACGGCCCUGCGGCCAGCGGGCGUCAUCGACUCGUGCGGCGAGUUCGUCGCCGACAUCUGCGAGCUCAAGUACGGCGUCCGCCCGCGCUGGGAGAUAGACGGCGACCCGGACACGACCUUCGCCUUCGUGCCCAACCACCUCGAGUACAUCGUCACCGAGCUGCUCAAGAACGCCUUCCGCGCCACCGUCGAGAGCGGCAUGACCAGGGAGCCCGUCGUCAUCACCAUCGCCCCCGAGCCGCCCACCGGCGACAAUGACAAGUCGUCGCCCCCGGCCCAGACCCCGCCGGCAAGGCACUCGCCCACCACAACCAGCGACGCCAUACGGCCCCUCGAUGACAACGCCCCGGGCGUGACCAUCCGCAUCCGUGACCGUGGCGGCGGCAUCGGGCCGGAGAUCCUGCCCAACAUAUGGUCUUACUCAUUCACCACCAUGGCGGAGGAUAACGAUGUGCCCGGCGUGGGAGGCGGCAGCGGCAUCAUCAACAACAACCUACAUACCAGCUCCGGCAUCGACGCGCUGAGCGUCAUCUCUAACUCCGGCAACGGCGGCAGCUCCAUCGCGGGGCUGGGGUACGGCCUGCCGCUGGGGCGGGCCUAUGCCGAGUACUUUGGCGGGGGUGUCGCCGUGCAGAGCUUGUACGGCUGGGGCACGGAUGUGUACCUGAGGCUCAAGGGCGUCGGGCGGAUAGAGUGA